GUCUUCUCAGCCAUCAUGUACGUCAUGGGAGCACUCGGUCCUGCAGUGGGAUAUUUAUUAGGUGGACUUCUUAUUGGUUUUUAUGUUGAUCCCAGAAAUCCCGUUCACCUUGACCAGAAUGACCCUCGUUUCAUUGGAAACUGGUGGAGUGGAUUCCUCCUUUGUGCCAUUGCAAUGUUUCUUGUGAUAUUCCCAAUGUUUACUUUUCCAAAAAAGCUCCCACCUCGACACAAGAAAAAGAAAAAGAAAAAGUUUUCUGUUGAUAUGAGCGAUGACGAUGUUAUGAUGGAAAAAUCAAACCAUAACGAACAAGUGGACAAAAAAGUUUCUUCUAUAGGAUUUGGAAAGAAUGUCAGAGACCUACCAAGAGCAGCUGUCAGGAUCUUAAGCAACAUGACAUUCCUUUUUGUGAGUUUGUCAUACACAGCUGAGAGUGCCAUUGUAACUGCUUUCAUUACCUUCAUUCCCAAGUUCAUCGAGUCACAGUUUGGUAUCCCAGCUUCCAAUGCCAGCAUCUACACUGGUGUUAUCAUUGUCCCCAGUGCUGGUGUUGGUAUUGUCCUAGGAGGCUACAUCAUAAAAAAGUUGAAACUUGGUGCCAGAGAAUCUGCAAAACUAGCAAUGAUCUGCAGCGGUGUGUCUCUGCUGUGUUUUUCAACCCUGUUUAUUGUUGGAUGUGAAAGCAUUAAUCUAGGAGGCAUAAACAUCCCUUAUACAACAGGACCUUCUCUCACCAUGCCCCAUAGGAAUCUGACAGGAAGCUGCAACGUUAACUGUGGUUGUAAAAUACAUGAGUAUGAGCCAGUCUGUGGAUCAGAUGGAAUUACAUACUUUAACCCUUGUCUGGCUGGCUGUGUUAAUAGUGGUAAUCUUAGCACUGGGAUACGGAAUUAUACAGAAUGCACCUGUGUCCAAAGUCGGCAAGUGAUCACGCCACCCACAGUAGGACAGCGCGGUCAGCUCCGGGUGGUUAUCGUCAAAACGUAUCUCAACGAGAAUGGUUACGCUGUGUCUGGGAAGUGUAAACGGACCUGUAAUACCCUUAUCCCAUUCUUAGUUUUUCUUUUCAUAGUCACCUUCAUCACGGCAUGUGCCCAACCAUCAGCCAUCAUAGUAACACUCAGGUCCGUAGAAGAUGAGGAGAGACCUUUUGCGCUGGGAAUGCAGUUUGUUUUGUUGCGAACACUUGCAUACAUUCCUACUCCAAUCUACUUCGGAGCGGUCAUUGACACCACCUGCAUGCUCUGGCAACAGGAGUGUGGCGUGCAGGGCUCUUGCUGGGAGUACAACGUGACAUCAUUUCGUUUUGUCUAUUUUGGUUUGGCGGCCGGCCUCAAAUUCCUUGGCUUUAUUUUUAUUUUUCUGGCCUGGUACUCCAUCAAAUACAAGGAGGAUGCACUGCAGAGACGGAGGUGGAGAGAAUUCCCCCUGAGCACUGUGAGCGAGAGUGUGGGCCACCCCGACAACGCCCGGACUAGAUCUUGUCCCACUUUCAGCACCCAGGGAGAAUUCCACGAAGAGACUGGUCUGCAAAAAGGGAUCCAGUACACAGCCCAGACCUACCCCGGGCCCUUCCCAGAAGCAAUAAGUUCCUCUGCAGACCCGGGGCUGGAAGAGAGUCCUGCGGCCUUGUAACCACUCUCCCAAAGCUUGAAAAUGGAAAAAGUUGAUUGUGUGGGUUGAGUUGAAUAUGGCGACUUGAGAAACAACCGU